AUGUGCGACCCUUCUCCGACCGAGACACAAUAUGCUACCGUCGUCUCUACCAACGUUAUCACCACUUUCUCACUCCAGCUACUGACCGUCCCCGGCGCGGCCACCAAUGUACCGUUCCCGACGUGCGUCUCAUCGGAUGGAGAUGCAUGUGCGGGAACUACGACAAUACUCGCGCCGACCUCGGGACCGGACCAGGUCAAGACACUGACUGUGCCGCUCUUGAUAACGGAGCUCGAGACCGAAGUCACCCCAACUCUGACGCUCUUUGCACCCUGCCCUUCAACGACUUCAUCCGAUCCAUUGUCCACCACAUCAUCGACUUCGACAAUUCGGCCCGGAGGCGGAAGCAGUCCGUUGCCUGCACCAGCAACGCCCCCUGCGACCACAACGCCGUCUUCUACCUCCGCAAGCUCUAUGUCUCUUAGAUCAACCUCCAUGGUGGUUGAGGACGUCACCUCUGCGAUUGGGACCGCCCUACAGGGCGGCUCAACGAUCAUUCUCUACACGACAAUCGUGACAUCUCAUCCUGCAACGGCGACCGUCGGCACGGACACAUCUGGGACGAACAGUGCAUCUGGAUCUCAAUCUAGCGGUUCGUCUCAUUCUGGAUCGCCUGUUGCUGCGAUCGCGGGUGGAACUGUAGGCGGAUUCGUCGGACUUCUUGCACUGGCUGGCUUGGUAGCAUGCAUCGUACAACGAUUUAGGAAACGAGCAGACGCCAUUUGGUCAGAGGAGGAGGCUAAUGAGAAACCGACAUAUCGCAGGAGGCCAUCUCGCCCCGUAUCCAUCUCGCCGCAACCGUAUCAUUAUGGGAUCGUGGGCGGCACCGCAACGACACCUCCGUUGACACCGCCGGCCACAAGCAUUGGACACUCUUCUGCUCUGCUCUUGUCUCGUUCGGCUUCUGUGACUAUGGACGCGAUGGCGGACUCUGCACCUGGGAUGCAGACGCAGCCGCGGUCCCAUCCGGCUAGCCCUACACCAUCGACACCAUUGUCAAGAGGAGGCUCCCCGCAACAACCUGUGACGCCCGGCGGCUACCAUUUUGAUCGCGACUUUGGCGCUCGUCCCAUGUCAGCAGUAUCGCAGUCCAGUGCCCCGCCGUCGCCAUGGCGCGAACGUCGAACUUCGCGGGCUUCAGUCGCCGCGUUGAGCGUUCAGUUACCUUCCUCGCCUCCGGCGAAUGAUUACUUUGGAACGUAUCCAGGGACCGCAGAUCCGACGCCCACCUUGUCCCCUCCAGUCGCAGACAGCACCUCCCAGCUAUCUUCCGAACCUCGCAGAUCACUACAUGUGGUCAACUAG